GCUAUGGAAGCCCUUACUGACAAUGAGAAAUGUCGGUUACUCAAGAAGGUCCUCAACUGCGAGGUCGUGCGGGUGUAGACAGGCUCCGCUUCAUUGGUGAAGCAAGGGAAGUUGGGAGCCUGGGAGUGCAGGAAGCGGUGCACCUGCUGAAGUGCGAUCACAUCUUGGUGCGAUUAUGGAACUACUACCAGUUCAAGCACGAGAACCGGCCGGAUACCGACUCGGAACUUGCGUACCCCUUCCUUAAGAAAUGGGAGGCAAUUUUGGUAGAGUUCGAGAAGCAGGGAAUGUAUGUCGCGUUGUGGGACGGGAGCACGAAGCUCGUCGGUGACGCCUCGCAGUUCAAGGAUUGUCCGUUGUACAUGGGGUGCGAGGACGACAAGAUGAUCAAGGCGAUGAAAAAACUCGCCCUCAACAAGUUGUCCGUUAACUGGAGGAACAAGGUCCUCGCCGUGUUGACCGACAGUAGGGCGAAGAGUAAGGAUUUGCGGGAUAAUACUUGUGUCGUUUACGAUGCUAGGUUAUCGGUAGGUGACGCUGCGGUUGUCGGGGCACAUCAGAAACUGACCCCGACGUGCUUAUCAACGAUUCACUUCGACCCUUGCGAGUGGCCGUCGGCCAUGCCUAGAAAGGUCUACAAGGAGAUGGAGCGGAACCCCACCCUGUUGACCCGUCUGCUGAAAUUCGUGUGCAAAAAGGUGGAGGGCAUCAUGUUCCUUCGGAAGCCACACGCGCGAGUCGUGUGGGAGGUUUUGAAGAGCGGCCGACACGUGGUCGCGCUGAAAGGGAAUUCUGAGUUGUUGCAAUACACGUUGGAGUUCCUCAAAAGUGAGGUCAACUCUGGAGCCAGCCGCUGCGAGUUCGUUUUGAGGAGCGAGAAUCCGAUACGCGUUUGGGAACCGUCUACGGACGUGUGGUUCAAGUUGAGCGAGCGGAAGAGGAACAGGAUCUACGAGUUCCUGUUUUUGAAAACGCAGCCCAGGAGGAACAACGACGCUGAGUACAUGCGCCGCAAGGACCACUUGUUAGCAUUGCUGGACAACUACCACGACGCCUCACGCAUGAACGCGAAGAACUUCCUCGACCGGUUGGAGUGUUUGUACUUCGUCGAGUCAGAGCAGGUGCUUAAGGUCGAGAGUUAUGGUGCCUUGAUCUCCACGGACGAGGAGGCGGAGACAGGUGUUGUUUUCGACAUUGCUGCGCCUGAGGAGGAGAGCGACACCGAGGACAUCGACCAUGAUUACCACCCUGCUCCGGUGUUUCAUGCACCAGGCUCCUCGUCGGCCGCUCCCUCAACAAGCCAGGCCACCCAGAUGUCACUUGUGCCCAAGUCCGCCCGGGAAGGGGAAGAAGGGGAAGAAGGGGAGGAAGGAGAGGAAGGGGGAGAAAAGGAGUUGAUUCUAUUACGUGAAGGAGAAGAGGGUGAACAAGGGGAUUUCGAUAUUGAAGAUGACGAACGGGUGGAUAGUGAGGACGAUGCAGGCUGUGAAGAGUCGUCAGACUCGUUCGGGCUGCUGUACAGAGAGCAUCGCGGCCGUGAUGUCGACGACGAUGCAACUACAAUGGAGAUGGAGACGCAGGUGGUCAGUGACCUUUCCGCAGACCCUGAAGAUUAUGAGGUUCAACCACUGACGGCUGCAGACGAUCUCCAACACCGAUGCCACGAGGUUUCCGUUAUUGUGAGCCCGACUGAACAAAGUCAACAUAUGAGCAUUGUCGAAGUUAUCGGCGACAUACUCGGCGACGAGCAGGUGUCCGCACAACGGUCUGCAAUGCCUAUUGUAGUUGACCCCCGCAACGUCACACCUUUCGUGCCCUCUGCCUCCGUUUUCUCACCACCAGCUCUCUGAUACUGGCCGCCAACUUCGCAAGCGGCUGGGAGGACGAAGUCGGGGACCGGCAACAUGUCACGUCCCCGAAGAAAUCUAGGGGCGGCACUCAGGCUCUCGACGUGCUGGCCUUACCCGUGCCAACGUCACCGACGGAGGAGUGAAGGGAUAAACCAGCUGGUAAGCGGUAAUGAACGCCACGACGUACG